CCAAGUGCAGCAGCAGCAGCAGCAGGAGGAGAGCUGUCAGUGUCAGCCAGUGACUCGCAGUGUAGAGGUCACACAAUGCCGAGAGGCAGCCGCAGCGCCCCUUCCCGCCCGGCACCCAGCCAUGCUCCCUCUCAUGCUCCGGCUCCUGCACACCCACCACCAUCCGCUGUGUCCUCUGCUCCAGCUCCAUCCCAGGGGCCUGGGCUGAUGGCUCAGAUGGCUACUACAGCGGCUGGUGUGGCUGUGGGGUCAGCAGUGGGACAUGUCCUUGGUGGAGCGCUCACUGGAGCUUUCAGUGGUGGCAGCACAGAGCCAGCAAAGCCGGCAGCACAGGAGGCUCCGAGGGCCCCAUCCCAGCAGCCUCAGUCAACAUAUGGUCCCUGUCACUAUGAAAUGAAGCAAUUCUUGGACUGUGCUACCACUCAGAGUGACCUGACUCUGUGUGAGGGGUUCAGCGAAGCACUGAAGCAGUGUAAAUACAGCCAUGGUGUCUCUUCCCUCUUGUGAGAUUUGUCAGAUCUCCAUCUGAACAGCUUAUCUUUGAAGAGCUAUACUAGACGUCACAGCAUAUUAUAGUUCUCUACUUGGUACUUAACCACAUGGCAUCACAUUGGUUUUAGUCUAUAACGGUUUUAUCUUGAAGCAGAGUAAUUAAUAAAGAUAGAUAUCUAUAUUUUAAUUUA